GGCUUCACACCUAUAUGAACCCCACCACUUUCAACUUAAACUCCCAACCUCACAUUCUCACUUUCUUCAGCAUUUUUUAAAACCCAAGAAAGCUCUACAAAGUAAAAGAAACUCGACAAGGAAGCAAGAAGAUCAAAAUGUCUCUUGUGACAGCAGAGAUCAAGAGCAAGGCUGAUGAGUUGUACCAUGGAGAUGGAAUCUGCCAAGAAAAGUCAAAGAAAUUGCUCACAGAAAUCAGCCUGCCCAAUGGCCUCUUGCCCUUGAAAGACAUGGAGGAAUGUGGUUAUGUGAAGGAGACUGGGUUUGUGUGGCUUAAGCAGAAGAAGAGCACAACCCACAAGUUUGAAAAGAUUGGGAAGCUGGUCAGUUAUGCCCCUGAAGUCACAGCCUAUGUUGAGAAUGGCAAGAUCAAGAAGCUCACCGGGGUCAAGACCAAGGAGCUCUUGGUUUGGGUGUCACUCAGUGACAUUUACGUUGAUGACCCUCCAACUGGGAAAAUCACUUUCAAGACUCCUUCUGGGCUUUUUAGGACUUUCCCUGUGUCAGCUUUUGAGAAUGAGGAAGCUGCUAACAAGGAUGUCAAGGACAAGAAGGAAGUGAAGGAAGCCAAGGGAGCUGUGGAAGUCUAAGAAGAGGGUUUAAAAUGUCAAGAUGACUGCAAGUGUUUUCAUAUAAAGGCUUUGUCUUUGUCUGUUGGUUCUUGCUUUUUGUCAUUCUGAUUGUGUUCUGUUGCUUUCCAGUCCUUCUACUAGUGCUACUUUAAAAUGAAAUAAAAUUAGAGUUUUUUUUUCCCCUUAUA